AUGGGCCAGCAUUGCGAAUCUGCACGAAAAAGUCUACAGGGUGAGUUGCUCGCAAUCAUUCGCAAUCGUUUACCGGACCACAUUGAUGCUAGCGGAGUCGAUACGAUCUUGCCCGGUGCGGAUUCAUCUACUGGAACUAGUCUUGCUGAUGAAAUAAUCUGUUACAACCCAACAUCCAUUACUGCCGAGGUUAAAAGUGAAAACGCGAGUCGGGAAGGGGCAUUUGAAUUAUUUUCAACGGGAGGAGACACUUGCGAGGGCAACCUCGCUGGAAAUCUUUUCAUGACGGCUGUAGAAACUGUUCCGGAUCUAUCUCCUCCAUACUCUGCAUCCUCAUUGCUUGUGGGUGCAUCGAAUAAGAUACUGACGACUUGUCCAUCAGAGUAUUCUGAUUCUCCAUCUUCUUCACAGUUUUUCCCUCUCGGUCAGACAAGGCCAUCGCGUUCUCAGAAGUCAAUUUCGGGCCCUGAGGCCAGACAAAGGACACUUAACUCACUGAGCACUUCAGGCGUUGGCUUUCAGGCAUUCGAGUAA